AUGGCGGAGUCAAUAGAAAGCAGCGAUCACUCUGAGAAGGAAUAUUUUACUUUGAAUUUUCUUUAUCUUAAAAAUGGCGAAUCAGUUAGAAAAUUUAUCAGACGCUUGCCGAUUGCUAUAAGUGUGAAAGACAGAUUAAAGUCGAAAAAAGUCAUGUUCUAUCAGAGUGUUUUAAAAUACAGUCUUCAUAACAUGUCAUGGAUGGAAGUUAUUCCUAGAAAAAGGUCAUCCUUUAUGAAACCUGAUACAUGUAUGCUGACAAAAGAAAGCAUCGAAAUGUGUGGUGGAAGUAUGAUAUCACCGGUCAGAUUUGUGAGACAUUGGAAUAUAAAAGCGGUUUUAGAAUUCGAACAGGAGAAAUCCCUCCUGGGGAUAAAAAACCAUGAAAUUAAGAUCCAGCUGUAUGUAGCAAAAGAGUAUAUACACGACUAUGUCAUAAUAGAUAUCCAAGAUAAUUACACAUUUGUGUUCUUCAACGUGAGAUCUAGCCCUAAGUUAUUCAAAGACAUAUAUUCACACCGUUUUGAUGAUGAACCAAGACCUGUUAGGGUACCGGCCAGUAAAUGUGGUUUUCCGACUUAUGGUUUAUUAAAUUGUUUUAGUUUGCAGUUCAGAACAAAUAGUCCACUUCUGUCGAGAGUAAUUUGGUAUAUGCAGUACAGGGAUAUUCAUGUUGUUUACACACAGAUAAGGUUUCAAAAUUCCACGAAAGAGAUUGAACUAAAAUUCAAAGAGUUUGAAAAUGUGUACGCUUGGAAAUCAUUGUGUUCUCUAGGUUAUAAAGUAAAGAACCAAGAAUCACAAGAAGUCAUAGAUGUUAUAGAUUGUCUAUACCAAGGAAAAGUCAACGAACAAGUCCUCUUUAGAAUGAGGGAAAACGUCGCUGAGAAACCUUUCUUCAAUUUUAUAGAAGAAAUGUGUGCAGCAGUAAAGAAAAUGACAAGUCAAUGUGGCCGUUAUAAUGAGAGUGACGUUCCUGAAAAUCAUUUAAUGGUGAGGAAGGUUUUCCUAACACCUACAAAAUUCGUUUUCUUGCCAAAGGAACCCGUAUUUAAGAACAGAAUUUUUCGUCAGUACAAUGAAGAUUUCUUUGUUAGGCUCGUCUAUCGAGAUGAUAACUUUGAAAAAAUUAGCGCAAUGGAGUCGACUACACUUAAUGAGGUAGUAGUUGAUAUGAAACAGAUUUUCCUGGAGGGGUUUAUCAUUCAGGACCGCCAUUACGAGUUUUUAGGUUGCUCAAACAGUCAACUUCGGGAACAUAGUUUCUGGUUCUUCAGCUCCUAUGAUGGAAUUACAACAGACUACAUAAGACACAAAGCUGGGGACCUAUACAAAGAAAGAUGUGUUGCUUCGUACUUGUCCCGUUUCGGACUCUGCUUUUCUUCAUCGUUCCACACAUUGAACAUUGGAGAAAACGGGGAAGAAGUAAAAUAUGAAAGUGAUGUCAAAAGAAAUGGGUUUUGCUUUACUGAUGGAAUUGGAAAGAUUUCAACAAGGCUUGCUGUCGAGGUUGCCAAGAUUAGGGGAUUGAAGGCCGUUCCUUCUGCGUUCCAGAUACGAUAUGGUGGAUGUAAAGGUGUGGUUGCAUAAGAUCCUUCUUUUGGAACUGAGAGAAAGGUUCUUGUAAUUAAAGAAAGCAUGAAAAAGUUUGAAUCCAAUUCUUCAAGUCUGGAAGUGUUGCAGUAUUCACGCCCAGGCCGACUGCACCUGAACAGACAAGUUAUAACUUUGUUAUCGGGACUUGGAAUUCCAGAUGAUGUGUUCCAAAAUCUUCAAGAGACGAUGUUGUUUGACUUAGCAGAUAUGUUUCUACAGAACGACACAGCUCUAUUGAGUUUGAAAGAGUUACCAAUAGCAACCAAUUUCAAAGAUCUUUUUGAAAAAGGGGUAAACUUAGUUCAAGAGCCUUUUGUACGGUCUCUGCUCCUAGCAAUAUUCCAACAAAGAGUAGAUGACCUUAAAAAGAGAUCACGGAUUCAAAUACCUCUACAUAAGGGAAGGUAUAUGAUGGGUACAUCGGAUGAAACUCAAACACUGAAAUAUGGACAUGUGUUUAUUCAGUAUUCAAAAGAACUUGACCAGCCACAAAAAGACAUACAGAUGGUUCUUGGCAAAGUUGUGGUCACAAAGAAUCCAUGUUUUCAUCCUGGGGAUAUCCGAAUUUUUGAAUCAGUAAAUAAUCCUCGUCUUAGACAUAUGGUAGAUUGCAUUGUUUUCCCUCAACUUGGUUCCAGACCACAUCCUGACGAAAUGUCUGGAUCAGAUCUCGAUGGGGACGAGUAUUUUGUUUGCUGGGAUGAACGAUUUCAUGGAAUCGAAAAUCAAGACCCAAUGGAUUUUCCCAAGGCAGUGAAAAAAAAAUCAACAUCUUAUGUUCAGUUAACGGAUAUGGUCGAUUUUUUGGCCACUUACAUAAAAAAUGACAACCUUGGAAUUAUAGCAAAUGCUCACCUAGCUAUGGCAGACAGUGAACCUAAAGGCAUUUUUUCCGAUUCCUGUCUUGAGUUGGCCAGGAAACAUUCCAAUGCAGUUGAUUUUUCAAAAACUGGAAAUUUUCCACAAAUAGACGCAGAUAUUUGUCCCCUGAAGUAUCCUGAUUUUAUGAUGAAAAGGGAUAAAUUAUCUUAUUUCUCGCCCAAAAUCCUUGGAAAAUUAUACCGCCAGUGUCUGCACUUACACAAUGUCACACAAAGAGAGAUUUUUUUAGGAUUAGAUAUCGAUAUUGAUGAAGACUUUGUAUCAGUAUUGACUAGAAAAGAGGCUAAAGAUGGAAAUUUACAAAGAGAAGUCUAUAAUAACAAAUUGAUAGACAUAAUGAAUGAGUAUGGACUUCAAAAUGAAAAUGAGGCAGUCAGUGGGAUUAUACAAUCACUGACAAGUGCAAAGAGUUUUUUAAAAGGCGAGAAAUUUCAAAUAGGGAAAAGAGUCCGUGAGAAAGUAUCAGCCUUACUCAAAAGAACAAGGGCCAUUUUCUUUGAAGAAUUUGGUGGAGAAGAUAAGAAAUAUACGUUAUUAGAACCAAUGAUUCGGAAAGCAUCAGUAUGGUACACUGUUACGUAUAAAGAUCAGAACAGAUCUAAUGCAUAUGGCAAUAUACUAAGUUUUCCCUGGGUUGUUGCUGAUAUAUUAUCAAUGAUCAAACAUAAAAAAAAUACAAACCACUUCCCUGGAUAG